CUGCUUCUCUCCAUUCACCUCGCAACUAGCCGACCGAGACCACGCCAGCAGUGACGAAGCGGCGCUCCCACGGCUGCUUGUGACCGGUGACAUCACAGACCGGACAAACAGGAAGAGUGAGGAAAGAGAAGAGUAGUCGUCCGAUCCGGUAGGAGAUCUAAGAAGCAAAGAUGGAUUUUUUAUUUGGCCGCCGGAAGACCCCAGAGGAGAUGCUGAGGCAGAACCAGCGGGCGCUCACCCGGGCCAUGAGGGAGCUCGACCGAGAGAAGCAGAAACUGGAGCAACAAGAGAAGAAAAUCAUAGCCGACAUCAAGAAGAUGGCCAAACAGGGGCAAAUGGAUGCUGUCAAAAUUAUGGCUAAGGAUUUGGUCCGAACGCGGCGAUAUGUGAAGAAGUUCAUACUGAUGAAGGCAAACAUCCAGGCCGUGUCUCUAAAGAUCCAGACCCUAAAGUCUAACAACUCCAUGGCCCAGGCUAUGAAAGGGGUUACUAAAGCCAUGGCCACCAUGAACAGACAGUUGAAGCUUCCUCAGAUCCAGAAGAUAAUGAUGGAAUUUGAAAAGCAAUCAGAAAUUAUGGACAUGAAGGAGGAAAUGAUGAAUGAUGCCAUUGACGACGCCAUGGGUGACGAAGACGAUGAAGAGGAGACUGAUGCUGUGGUCUCUCAAGUCCUGGAUGAAUUAGGCCUCAAACUGACUGAUGAGCUGUCCAACCUUCCCAGUACAGGAGGUUCCCUCAGUGUGGCCGGAGCCAAGAAAGGAGAACCCACAGCUGCUUUAGCCGAUGCUGAUGCAGAUCUGGAGGAGCGGCUGAACAAUCUGCGACGGGACUAAAAAGUCACACCCUGCACUACACAGACUCUGGGUUUUGUCUUUGUUAUAUAUGGGGAUGUAGAGAAAUGGCUCAGAGCCUGGUAUACUGAGAGCAGUAGAAUGGCUGGAUUGCAGUCAGCGUGUUCAUCUUCUGUCCCCGGCCAUUAGCUGCUCCUUGCUCCCUUCCGUGCAGUAGUAACCGGACGAAGAAGACUGUUCUGAUUUUAUAUGAUUACCUUUUUGUUGCUGAGUUCUUAUUCUUGUGUUUCUAUCUUCACUCCGCUUUCAUACAGGGCAACAGGCGUCCUCUGUAAAUAAAACCUGUCUGGAGAACCAAAGCCUUUUAUACCACUCCCUCUGUGUCCCUACACUGCUGCUUCUUUAAAUAUAAAGAAUAGGAGCAAAAUCGCAAAGUACCAGCUACACAGCUCCAAAAUGCCUGCACUCUCCCGUUAAAAAAAUUCUGAUUAACUGGGGAACGAACAGAACACUUAUAUGGUGCCCUCCUUUUUAUCUUAGUUGCAGAUCUGCUAAUUCUUAGGAGUUCCUCUUCUGCCACCCACUUCUCAGACUUUUCCAGCCCUGCUCUUGGCCAGCACUAUUCACAUGAGCAGUUCUGCCCAAUCCAAGAGAAGCAAGAAGUAUACAACAGAUAAGAAGCGGUGCUGCCAUCUUGGAUGGCAGAAGAGAACCCUGGGAAUUGAUGGCUCUGCAGCUGAAAAGAUGAAAAGGAGGUCACCAUGUAAGAGUUCUGUUCAUUCCCCAUUUAACGUAAACUAUUUUUCUUGAACCGGAGGGUCGCUUUAAAUGAUAAAAUCCUGGCUUUCUACAGCCACCACUAGGAGGAGCUCACUGCAUACGAUGUAAUUAUUGAUUUUAAUGCAUAAAAUGUAUCCACGAGGCAUCCACCUAGUGGUUGCUGCUGGAAAUUCCAGCUACCGUACAUCCUCUUCCUUCCCCUUCUGCUGCAAUGUGGAUAUGGUGCUCUUCUCUUUGGUUUCCAAAGGGGCCUCAACAGACUUCUGUGUAAGAACGUACAUAAGCGAUGAGGUCACGUGACAGGAAGUCCAUGCACAGAAGAGUUAACCUGGCUCUACACAUUAAUGUCUGCCACCUGUCAAUUUCAGCAGUACUAAUCGACCUUCUAACGUGAAUAGGGACCCUUCCUACUGCCCUCCGAUGGCAAAUAUCGUGGUAGGGAAGGCUUGAGCAGUUGACCUUCAGAAUGUCCAGUCCUUUGUUCUCAGGGAGAUAAGCUGUUGCUGGGUGUCUUGUAGCAUCUUUCUCACCUCUCCUCAAGUUUGUGUGAACUGAGCAUGCAUGUGAGGCUUAUUUUUUGCAAUUCUGGGGUCACGGUCACUGCACACCUGCGAGUUGCUCUGUGAUCCCAUUAAUUUCUAUGCUAGCACCGCUACACCACAAACCUUGAGCAUGACCGUUAUCGUGCAACCAAGGUCGCCGUGUAGACGAACCUUUAAAGUAGAACCCCUUUAAUUGUGAACAGAUGGUCCCUGCCUAGGACAAUUUCUCCCUCCCCUCGAGAUUUUUACAUGAGGGGUCAGAUUAGCAGCCACCUGAAUUCAUUGACAAUCUUGGUCAACCUUGUAUUCAUCAGUCAUAUGGUUCUGACGUGUUCCAAGGUUUAUAAUUUCAAUGAUUUGUUAUAAUGAUUAUCGAUUUAAGUUUUGUCUAAUAAAAGUGUUCAUCAUUGAG